ACUCUACUCUGAAGCAAAGUUAAAUCCCCAAACUAAAACCUUAGGUUCUCCCUGCAACAUUUCUGCCGCAGUGCUGCUGCCGUCCGUGCUCCGUGGCUUCUCUGUUUUGUUGGCUUGGAGCAGCUCGCCGUGUCGUCGCUCGCUGUCGUCUCCCCGGUCGCCGUCCGUGUCUCCGUCGAAGGUUUUGUUGCUCACUCAAUGAUUACAAUCAAGGGUAUGCAAAGGGGGCGAUUCUUGAAUCCUGUACCCCAACUUGUUACUGGAUUAUCAAGCUCUGCUGCUGCAAGCUCUUGUGAUGCCAUGGAUACAGCUAAUCAACUGCAAUCUCUUCAUUCUCGUUAUCCUGAAUACACAAGGGACAGUACAAAGGCCACAGAACAUAGGAGUGCAUUCAACAAAUACAAUAUAAGGGGCCUAUCUCAAUGCCUGAAUUGGCCUAAAAGGUUUAAUGAUAAUUCUCAUGCUGCCAGCUACUUGGUAAACCAUCAUUUUACAUCUGAUCGAAAUACAGAUGCAAAGGAUUUCUCAAGUAAGCUUCUUAAAGGUAUUCCAGACUUUGUAAAGAUAGUGGAGGUUGGUCCAAGGGAUGGAUUGCAGAAUGAGAAGUCUAUCGUUCCAACUGAUGUAAAAGUUGAGUUGAUAAAGCUGCUGGUUUCUUCUGGGUUGUCUGUCAUCGAAGCAACAAGUUUUGUAUCACCAAAAUGGGUUCCACAGUUGGCAGAUGCAAAGGAUGUAUUGGAAGGCAUUCAAGAUGUGGAAGGUGUUAGCUUUCCUGUAUUAACUCCAAACCUUAAAGGCUUUGAGGCAGCUGUUGCUGCUGGGGCUAAGGAAGUGGCUGUUUUUCCUGCAGCUUCUGAAUCAUUCUCUAAAGCAAAUCUCAACUCUGGCAUUGAGGAUAAUCUUGCUCGUUGCCGAGACAUUGCUUCAGCUUCUCGAAGCUACUCAAUCCCUGUUCGUGGAUAUAUAUCAUGUGUUGUGGGAUGUCCUUUUGAAGGACAUGUUGCUCCAGCCAAAGUAGCAUAUGUGGCAAAGGCACUUAAUGAGAUGGGUUGCUCAGAGAUUUCACUAGGUGAUACGAUUGGUGUUGGUACACCUGGCACUGUCGUUCCAAUGCUGGAAGCUGUUCUUGAUGUUGUUCCAGUUGACAAGCUUGCUGUCCACUUUCAUGAUACUUAUGGUCAGGCGCUUUCAAAUACUCUAAUUUCACUUCAGAUGGGGAUCAGUGUAGUGGAUUCAUCUGUUUCCGGCCUUGGGGGUUGUCCGUAUGCAAAGGGUGCAACUGGAAAUGUUGCCACUGAGGAUGUUGUUUACAUGCUGGAUGGAAUUGGAGUGAAAACCAACGUGGACCUCGGAAAGCUCAUGCAGGCCGGAGAUUUCAUCUGCAAUCAUUUAGGACGCGCAUCGAAUUCAAGAGCCGCAACGGCGUUGAGUAAAGUUAAAGCUCAUGCUUCCAAACUUUGACUAUGUUAAAGCUACACAAUGCAAUCCACAUGAUACAUAGGUUAAUGAAUUUAUCCACCGCAUAACUUCUGUUCAUGUGCUUUUAUGACCAUAGAGAAUGAGAAAGAGGAGAGUUGCAUCGCUUUGAUUAUUGAAGCAUCACAUGUUCAGCAUUGUGAUCUUAAAGACAAAUGUUUUAAAUAAUGAAAUGAUUAAAGACAUUAAUGAUUUUCAUGCUGUGAUUACCUUGUA